AAACACUCCAAAGGUUGAGAAUUUAUACACACGCACCACGAGUCGCUGAUUCUACUGUGUGUACAACUAUUGCUGCGAUAAUUUCCCUGCUUUUCCUCGCUUUCUGAGAGUGUAGCGUGCAGUGUUUUCUUCGCACGUUUCUGCUUGUUUAUCGCCAGGCUUCGGACCCCGAGGACUAACAUUCGCUGAGGUGUGGACCAACAGUUGUGCAUUGCUCUAUAUCUGCAGGACGACCCUUCUUACGUCCUGAGGCUAUGGAAUGACAAAUUUCACUGACAGAUUCGUUUUGAAAACAUAAGUUUUGAAAAUUCUGGGGACUGGCCUGCUCUUCGUUUCAAAAAAGUGAUCAUGCCUUCAGCCGAUUUAUGACUCAGGUUCCGCGUCGCUGUUCCCCCACAGGCCAAGUAGAGUGUCUCCGGUAUAUUUAUUUAUUUAUUCCUACACAAUGGACGGACAUUCUACGACAGAUCAUUCGGUUUAUUUAGGACGGCAAUAACUUAUCGUUUCAUUGAAAAAUCAACAAACGUGUUACCCAGUUUCUCUCUUGUUCAUCGGGAGAUUAAAAACAAGUGUAGGCUUACAGUACGAUUGGUGGAGAGAUCCAGAUCUAGGUAUUUCUAGAAACCCAUUCAUAGAUUUGACGUUAGGCUUGGUCUACUAAGUCUUCUUUGAAACAAACAAGCUGCACUCUGAUCAGGGUUAUCGAAACAAAGCUAACAGGAAGUAGAUCUAGGCUAGUGCAGACGGAACCAAAUCCUCAUCGUCAUUGUUUCUGCAUGUCUGGUGCGAGUUGAGCGCAAUUACUUGAACUUUUUUUUUAUAACAAAGUCAUGUGAUGACGGUUGUGGUCACUGCUAUGCGCCGACACUUUCUUGGCUGAAGUUUAGGACUGUCAUUUUCUUCAUUUUGCUCAUCUGUAGCUUGAAAUCUGACGUUGUGCACCACGGAUAUCAAAAUUUCUCACUGUAGCCAAGACCAACUCGCAUGCAAUAGAAGCGCGUUGUGGGCCGGCGGUUCAGCAAUGUUGGACAUGCAGACGGUGGGCCUUCAGUCACCGUACCCCAGCUCCGCUGUGGGGGGCAUGGGUUCCAUUCCCAACAUCUCCAUUGGGAACAUCGGCAACACCACUGGGUUAGGACUUAUGUCUGGCCUCUAUGGAGACCCCAAUAACAACUACUAUAGACAUGGCGGUUACGGCAUGGCAAUGGGUGGUAUGGGCAUGUACCACGACCAGUACGGAGCCAUGGCCCGCCCCUCCCCCUACGGCCCAUACGGUGGUCACCACCCGCACCACCACCCGGCCAAAGAGAUGGUCAAGCCGCCCUACUCGUACAUCGCCCUCAUCACCAUGGCGAUCCGGGGAGCCCCGGAGAAGAAGAUUACACUGAACGGCAUCUACCAGUUCAUCAUGGAGCAUUUCCCCUUCUACCGAGAAAACAAACAAGGAUGGCAGAACUCUAUACGUCACAACCUGAGCCUGAACGAAUGCUUCGUGAAGAUACCUAGAGACGAUAAGAAACCCGGGAAGGGAAGCUACUGGACCCUUCACCCUGAGAGUUAUAACAUGUUCGACAACGGUAGCUAUCUCAGACGAAGGAGGCGCUUCAAGAGGAGCCAGGCCGAAAAGGAGAAAGAAGAGAGAAUGAAGCGGAUGGCAGAAAACAAGGACGGGGUGAAGGAAGGUCUGGAGGAGGGAGAGGUGCAGCACAGUCACUCCCGCGGGGGCGACACGUCCAGUGGGAACACCAGCAGCAACACUUCUGGAUCUGAGUCCGCCGUGGAGACGCCGGUCAAGCUGGAGAAGGAUUCGAUGAGGCCGCACAAUUCACUGUCUCCCGGGGAACUCUCGCGGGGUACCAAGAUAGAGCCGGUGGAUACACCAAAGUCUGAGUGUGGAGUAGGCGGCGCCGGGGGCGCUCACGGUGAGCAUCAUCUCAGCAUGAGUGACAGAAUGGGCGGUACCAGACUUGGGGUGCCUCCCUUGUCGUCCCCCCAUCAUCCGUCGCACCUCUCGACUCACCCCCAGCUUCAGGGUCACGGGCUGGGUCUGCAAGGUCAUCAGGGUUUAUGCGGAGUGUCCAGUAAUUCGCUACCGCUUCCUCCCGAUCCCAUAGAACCCACCGGUAGCAAUUUCAGCGUGGAAAACUUCCUCUCCCCCUCUCAUCACCUCAGUAACGGCGCUGAUAUGGGAGGCGGGGCAUCGGGCUCGUCACGUCCACCUCCUCUGGUGUCACCCCAUCAUCUCCCUUACUCCCGACCCUCGUCGGAUAUAUACAGGCCUGGAACGGCAUGCAGCCAAGCCGCCUCUCCCUCGGCCUCCAGCUACAACUACCACUGUGGAGGGGGCGGAGCUAGUGGCUCUGGUCCAUCAAGCUCCACCUACCCACCGGCGACCACGCCCCACCUCUCGUCCACGGCUCACGGCCAGCAGGCAGGAGUUCUACCCGCGCACCAUCACCAGCACCCGGGCGUCAUGAACAUGUCCAGCGCCAGUAGCAACGGCACCAGCAACAACACCAACAACGGCAGCACCACCGGCGGAGGCGGGGCUGGCAGCACCAAUGGCCACGGGUGCUCGGACGACAGCACUGGCAGCCCUCAUGCCCCGGCCCAUCACCACGCUCCCCACCACGCCCACUCCUCGUUACAUCAACCCAACGGACUCAGCUCGAGCGUUUUCUCCAUGUCGCAGACCAAAGACUUCACAUAUCCACGUACAAAUGGUUGGUAUCUCAAUCCUGCGUUUGAGCCGGACCUGAACCCUGGCCCUUCGGAUUUCAGCUCUUUCCCAGGUAUGAGUAUGAGAGAUAUGUUUCAAAGUUCGACAAGCUGCCAGUUGGCUGCCUUCAGAGCCCCUUCAUACAAAACUCCGCCCUCGUCGUAUUACGAUUGCACAAAAUAUUAAACAGAACAUUUCUGGAGACUAUUAGGAAAUAAAAAACUAUUUUCACGGACACAUGGUAUACAAAAUAUAUCCUUCAGUCCCAUUCCUAUCGCAAAACCUCUGCACGAACCUCUCCAACUUUGCUUACUUUUUUGUGAGACAAAGUUGUACCUCGACUGUUUGACUGUGCUAUUAUUUUAUAAACAAGCCAAGAGUGUAUCAUUAUACAUGUAAUAUAAUACAUAGGCAGUUCACUGUUGCUGACAGUCCCACAGCUCCAUGGUUUGCGCACCAAAGACGAUACAUGUUGAGCCAUGGUCACAAGCAAAGUGGGUUCGAGAGUUCCCGGAGUGUCCAUGCUGGGGUUCUUUUCAGUGCGUUGUAGUUGAAAAAGUUCUUUCCAAGUAAAGACUAUUAGUCCAAAUGUUGCAUUUAGUUGUGUUUGUUUGCCAUGAUGUCGUUUGACUUAACCUGACUAGAUUUUUCGCUCUCACAGCGUGCUUAUGGUAUUGGCUCUUCGUUUUUGCAUUUAUGAUUUCAGCGAUGUAUUAUGCAUGGUUCAAUAAUAUUGUUACACUGAUAAGUGAGCAUCUGCUGCUCUCCUCCUUAUGACAUUGUAGUUCGAAAGCUCCAGUGUGAAGUUUGAAACUCAAAGGCAUCAAUGUUUGUCUGUCGUUUAUUCGUUGCAUGCUUUUCGAACUCAUGAAUGUAUACCCAUCCCAGCUGUUAUUUCUGUGACAUCAUCUCUUCGUUAAAGCUGUUCUUGGCGGAGACCAUGUGACUUUAUUCAAAUCGAUAGGCACAAAUUUACAGUCAUUCAACGUACCAUUACAAGUAAGGUGUACAUGUAGUUAUUGAAUUGUUUUUGGUGCGUUGUGACGUCACGGAACUUCUGCCUCUCUCAGUGGGCAGCUAUGUCACCCCCCCCCCCCCUCCCCCAAACCAUCCCACGUCUCUCUCUCUCUCUC